CCUCAUUAUGUGGUUAUAGUAAGAUCACCUAAUAUUUAUCAGUUACAGAGCUUGAAGGCUGUUCUCAAGUUGCACUUUUUAAAAUAUAACAGCCAUUUAGAGAGCUGCCACCAGACCCUCUUGGGAUGCACAUUUUAGAUGUAAACUAAAGACAAUACAAGGAAAUAGGAAGCCCCCUGAGUACCACCCAGGUUCCAGAAGUUUCCCAGAAAUUGGAGCAGAGGAGCAGGUCUGAGUCCACAACAGCGGCCUGGAGAAGCACAUUUGGCCACCUGGGAACUGGAAGGGAUUAAUCCAAAGUAAUGGCUGAAGAAAUACCACUGCGAGAAAAGAGGCAGAAAUCUCUACCUCGGUCUGACGGGUGUGGUCUCAAUAACUUUGAUGCUCUGGAUUUGUCUGGAGGCUUGAGGAUCGUCCUGGUGGGCAAGACUGGAUCAGGGAAGAGCGCAUCAGGAAACACCAUCCUCGGGAGAGCUGCCUUCAAAGAGGACCCGAGCCCUGUGUCUGUGACCAAACACUGCGAGACACAGAGCGUGGAAAUGGAUGGGACUGUGGUCCAGGUGAUUGACACUCCCGGUCUGUUUGAUACAGGCAUCACAGAGGAAGAGUCGAAAACCAGAAUAGAGGAAUGCGUCGAGAUGUCGGUGCCCGGCCCUCACGCCUUCCUGCUGGUGAUCAGGCUUGGCGUGAGGUUCACCGAGGAGGAAAGAAAUGCUGUGAAGUGGAUCCAGAAUAACUUUGGAGACGACGCCUCUAUGUACACUAUCAUGCUGUUUACAUGUAAAGACCAGGCUAAGGCCGACAAUGCUCUGAAGGAGUGCAAGGAGCUACGGAGACUCUCGAUUACAUUUGGACGCAGAUACCACGCCUUCAACAACAAUGACGCAGACGACCGCCUACAGGUCACAGAGUUGAUAACCAUGAUCAAGGAAAUGAUUCAGGAUAACGGCGGUAAACACUACACUAAUGAGAUGUAUGAAAAGGCCCAGAGGAAGCUGAGAGAGGAGGAGUUGCGGAAGAUACAGGAAGAGGAGGAGAAGAUAGAGGAGGAAAGGAAAAUGUGGGAUGAAGAGAGGGAGAAGAAAGAGAAAUUGAGACAAAAGGAGAAAAGGGUCAAAAGGAAGAACAUACGUGUGGCUUCGGCAGCUGCGGUCAUGUUGGUGGUUGCCGGCAUGGUGAUAGCAGUGGGUGCUAACACCAACGUGGCACUGGCUCUGGGAACUCCUGUGCUUGUGCUGGGGGUGUUGUGUGGUUUAGCUGCCCUUAGCAUAUGGAAGGGCAUAAGAUGCAAAUCCAAAACAUGUUUUCCAGCAUAACGUAGCGGAGGCAAUGGCAACAAGGACUCAUUCAUCUGUCUGCAGUAUGUGACACGGAAUAAUAGUUUUGGGCUACAUCCACACUAAUAUGUUUUCUUUUGAAAAAACUCCACACUACUGCACAGUUUUAGAGCUGCUAGAGCUGAGAAGUUUGGAAACGAUGACUUAGACACUCUCAAGCGCUUGUUGAUUGGUUUUUUCAUGCAAAGCAUAGCAUAGCCUUUGCUGAUUUGUCUCCUAUCAUGUGACCCCCUUCCGGAUAAAAGCAGCCGCUGUUAGCCUCGGCUACCAGUGUAUAACGCAAGAUGGAAAGUAAAUUAAAAGUGUUGCUGACCCUGUUGUCUUUGCUAACAGCCGUUGUGCCGUGAAAUUCAGUUAUAAUGCUACAACUGCCUACAUGUGUAGAAGAUGAGCUGUUACUCAAGCAAUCUGUUUACAGCAGCAUGUGCAAGCCAGUGUAUGUGAGUGGUCACGUGAUUUGCAUUUUCAGACUUGUAACUAUGGACAGGGAUUAAAACUGAUACGGAAACGAAAAACAUUUUAGUAUGGAUGUAGCCUUGGUGUACACACACGACUAUAUACUGUUGAGAAUGUCACUGAAUGAUGUUGUUUUGGCCUUUUAUGAAUUCUGCUGACAAGAUAUUUAAGUUUUGACAAAUAAGAAUAACAGAGCCAUGUGAAUUUUGUGCUGACAGUAAACAAACGGUAUGAAACCCAGCACCUGUUUUCUUUUCACUCUUUUUACUGUUUGGAGUUUAUAAAUGAAACCUGCAUCCUAAAUUGUACUGCGACAUAUUUGUUGGGGGCUUGUGAGUAGCAGAUUGAGUCAUAAAUAAAUAAUGUAAGAAAACA